CUGAUGACACAUGAUGCAGCUAAAAACCUGUAUUCUGGUGCCUUAGAAAAUAUCCCCUAUUUGAGUGACGAAAACCAAUUCCUUACUGGAGUAGUUGCGACUAACCAAGGCGUCAAUGUAAUACACGAUAAACAUUUCAAAGCUGUUACAUUAUCAUCAGUUCUCCCAAAUAACAGCACUGCAAUUGAAAAAUGUGACUAUUCAAAAAACCAUUUCAUUUUCUUAAAACCUGAGAAUAGAGAUGAGUGGUCACAUAUAUUGUCAUCAUUCAAGAUCUGUAAGUCUAAUUUAGCUAAGAAUGCAAAGCAUCAUAAAACAGUUUAA